AUGGAGGCGGACGGGAGCCAGGCUACCUCGGGGAGCCCCGGCGAGGCGCAGCACGACCCCGGCAAGAUGUUCAUCGGCGGCCUCAGCUGGCAAACCUCACCAGACAGCCUUAGAGACUAUUUUAGCAAAUUCGGAGAAAUUAGAGAGUGUAUGGUCAUGCGGGACCCCACCACCAAGCGCUCCAGAGGCUUCGGGUUCGUUACGUUCGCGGAUCCGGCGAGUGUAGACAAAGUCUUGGCUCAGCCCCACCACGAGCUGGACUCCAAGACGAUUGACCCUAAAGUUGCAUUUCCCCGACGAGCACAGCCCAAGAUGGUCACGAGAACAAAGAAAAUAUUUGUAGGUGGAUUAUCAGCUAACACGGUAGUGGAGGACGUGAAGCAAUACUUUGAGCAGUUUGGCAAGGUGGAGGACGCCAUGCUCAUGUUUGACAAGACCACCAACAGGCACAGAGGAUUUGGCUUCGUAACUUUUGAAAAUGAAGACGUGGUGGAAAAAGUCUGUGAGAUUCAUUUCCAUGAAAUCAAUAACAAAAUGGUAGAAUGUAAGAAAGCACAGCCUAAAGAAGUGAUGUUUCCACCAGGGACGAGAGGAAGGGCCCGUGGAUUACCCUAUACCAUGGACGCCUUUAUGCUAGGGAUGGGAAUGUUGGGUUACCCGAACUUCGUGGCGACGUACGGCCGAGGAUACCCCGGAUUCGCCCCCAGCUACAGCUACCAGUUCCCAGGUUUCCCGGCAGCGGCUUAUGGACCAGUAGCAGCGGCAGCUGUGGCGGCAGCAAGAGGAUCAGUCUUGAAUAGCUACAGUGCUCAACCGAAUUUUGGCGCACCCGCUUCCCCGGCAGGCUCCAACCCAGCCCGACCCGGAGGCUUCCCCGGGGCCAACAGCCCAGGGCCUGUGGCGGAUCUCUACGGCACGGCCAGCCAGGACUCCGCCGUGGGUAACUACAUAAGUGCCGCCAGCCCCCAGCCAGCCUCUGGCUUCGGCCACGGCAUCGCCGGCCCUUUGAUUGCCACGGCUUUUACAAAUGGAUACCAUUGA